CCGCCUGACGCUGCAGCUGGGCCGAAGACUCGCCAUUGGAUCAAAAAUAGCAGCGUCGCCCGUCCGCCCCGAGCCCCUGGUGCCCGCUCCCGCCCCGCGGCCCGCUCUCCCCGCCCGCCCCGGCUCGGCCGGCUGCCGUCGCCCGCGCAGCCCGCCCGUCAGCCCGCUCGCUGGCGCCGCCGCCGCUGACAGACCCCGCGCUCCGGCUCCGGCUCCGGUGAGCGCCGAGGCCAUGCAGCGCCGGGGCGCCCUGUUCGGCAUGCCGGGCGGCAGCGGAGGCAGGAAGAUGGCCGCAGGAGACAUCGGCGAGCUGCUGGUGCCUCACAUGCCCACGAUCCGCGUGCCCAGGUCCGGCGACAGGGUCUACAAGAACGAGUGCGCCUUCUCCUACGACUCUCCCAAUUCUGAAGGUGGACUCUAUGUAUGCAUGAAUACGUUUUUGGCCUUUGGAAGGGAACAUGUUGAAAGACAUUUUCGAAAAACUGGACAGAGUGUAUACAUGCACCUGAAAAGACAUGUGCGAGAGAAGGUAAGAGGGGCAUCUGGUGGAGCGUUACCAAAAAGGAGGAAUUCCAAGAUUUUUUUAGAUCUAGAUACUGAUGACGAUUUAAAUAGCGACGAUUAUGAAUAUGAAGAUGAAGCCAAACUUGUUAUAUUCCCAGAUCACUAUGAAAUAGCACUACCAAAUAUUGAGGAGUUACCAGCCCUGGUAACAAUUGCUUGUGAUGCAGUUCUCAGCUCAAAAUCUCCGUACAGAAAGCAGGACCCAGACACGUGGGAAAAUGAAUUGCCAGUAUCUAAAUAUGCCAACAACCUCACCCAGCUGGACAAUGGAGUCAGGAUUCCUCCAAGUGGUUGGAAGUGUGCCAGAUGCGACCUGCGAGAAAACCUCUGGUUGAAUCUGACUGACGGCUCUGUCCUGUGUGGAAAGUGGUUCUUUGACAGCUCUGGGGGCAACGGGCAUGCGCUGGAGCAUUACAGAGACAUGGGCUACCCACUAGCCGUGAAACUGGGAACCAUCACUCCUGAUGGGGCAGAUGUUUAUUCUUUUCAAGAAGAAGAACCUGUUUUGGAUCCUCAUUUGGCCAAGCACUUAGCGCAUUUUGGAAUUGAUAUGCUUCAUAUGCAUGGGACAGAGAAUGGGCUCCAGGACAAUGACAUCAAGCCGAGGGUCAGUGAGUGGGAAGUGAUCCAGGAGUCGGGCACGAAGCUGAAGCCAAUGUAUGGUCCUGGCUACACGGGUCUGAAGAACCUGGGCAACAGCUGCUAUCUCAGCUCUGUCAUGCAGGCCAUCUUCAGCAUCCCAGAAUUCCAGAGAGCGUAUGUAGGAAACCUUCCCAGAAUAUUUGACUACUCACCUUUAGAUCCAACACAAGAUUUCAACACACAGAUGACUAAGUUGGGACAUGGCCUUCUCUCAGGCCAGUAUUCAAAGCCUCCAGUGAAAUCUGAACUCAUUGAACAGGUGAUGAAGGAGGAGCACAAGCCACAGCAGAACGGGAUCUCUCCGCGCAUGUUUAAGGCCUUUGUAAGCAAGAGCCACCCGGAAUUCUCCUCCAACAGGCAGCAAGAUGCCCAGGAAUUCUUCUUGCACCUGGUGAAUCUAGUAGAGAGGAACCGCAUCGGCUCAGAAAACCCAAGCGAUGUUUUUCGUUUUUUGGUGGAAGAACGCAUUCAGUGCUGUCAGACCCGGAAAGUCCGCUACACAGAGAGGGUGGAUUACCUGAUGCAGUUACCUGUGGCCAUGGAGGCGGCAACCAACAAGGAUGAACUGAUCGCUUAUGAACUAACGAGAAGGGAAGCAGAAGCAAACAGAAGAGCCCUUCCUGAGUUGGUGCGUGCCAAGAUACCAUUUAGUGCCUGCCUUCAGGCCUUCUCUGAACCAGAAAAUGUUGAUGAUUUCUGGAGCAGUGCCCUACAAGCAAAGUCUGCGGGUGUGAAAACAUCUCGCUUUGCUUCAUUCCCUGAAUACUUGGUAGUGCAGAUAAAGAAGUUCACUUUUGGUCUUGACUGGGUUCCCAAAAAAUUUGAUGUUUCUAUUGAUAUGCCAGACCUACUUGAUAUCAACCAUCUCCGAGCCAGGGGGUUACAGCCAGGAGAGGAAGAACUUCCAGACAUCAGCCCCCCCAUAGUCAUUCCUGAUGACUCGAAAGAUCGCCUGAUGAACCAAUUGAUAGACCCAUCAGACAUCGAUGAGUCAUCAGUGAUGCAGCUGGCCGAGAUGGGUUUCCCGCUGGAAGCAUGUCGCAAGGCUGUGUACUUCACUGGAAAUAUGGGUGCCGAGGUGGCCUUCAACUGGAUCAUUGUUCACAUGGAAGAGCCAGAUUUUGCUGAGCCGCUGACCAUGCCUGGUUAUGGAGGGGCAGCUUCUGCUGGAGCCUCUGUUUUUGGUGCUUCUGGAUUGGAUAACCAACCUCCAGAGGAAAUCGUAGCUAUCAUCACCUCCAUGGGAUUUCAGCGAAAUCAGGCUAUUCAGGCACUACGAGCAACGAAUAAUAACCUGGAAAGAGCACUGGAUUGGAUCUUUAGCCACCCCGAGUUUGAAGAAGACAGUGAUUUUGUGAUUGAGAUGGAGAAUAAUGCCAAUGCAAACAUUAUUUCUGAGGCCAAGCCUGAAGGACCUAGAGUCAAGGAUGGAUCUGGAACAUAUGAGCUAUUUGCAUUCAUCAGUCACAUGGGAACAUCCACAAUGAGUGGUCAUUACAUUUGCCAUAUCAAAAAGGAAGGAAGAUGGGUGAUUUACAAUGACCACAAAGUUUGUGCCUCAGAAAGGCCCCCUAAAGACCUGGGCUACAUGUACUUUUACCGCAGGAUACCAAGCUAAACCUCAAACAUAAAAAUUGGCGAGAAGAAGCCAUAUGCCUUUUUAAUUUGCCAAAAAAAAAAAAAAAAAAGAGAAGAAGAAGAAGUUGAAACAACCAGACAUGAAGGAAUAUAUGGGGUAUUUAUAGUUUAUUUAAAGAGCACGAUCAGUUGACACCUUCUGAAAUAGAACUGAGAAUAAAUUUCUAUUAGUGAUGAUACACUAUUAUAUUGUAGAUAGUUUUUAUAAAUGUUCAAAAAGAUGAUGAUAUUUAAAAACAAAAAAAGUAUUCAUAUUGCUGGUGGAGAAUCUGCCAUCAGCACAUCAAAAAUGGGGAUGUGCCCCCAGCCCUCUAUUUUGCUUUGGGGGUCAGUGGUAGUGGCCUCUGGAGAAACCAAAUAAUGUGGCCAGUGGUGUGGCCUUACCCACAACAAAUGAAAAGCCCACUUGUGUUUCAUAUAGAAAAUCAGCAAUUGGGUGGGGCUUUAUUUGUGACAUAUUUUUUUUCAUGACAUACAAUAAUUUCUGAUGUAUCCAUGUAGAUAUUAUGCUCUGUCCAUAAUAGAGCCUCUGCAAUGAAAGAUAUUUUUAAUUUAAGUCAUAUCAAAAUUCAUAAGAUUGUGUGAAUGUGUGUGAGAGUGACUGAGAGUGUGAGACUUUUACUAGAAAAGUGAGUCCACUAGAAAAUCUGUGACAAGUUGGUUUUUAAAGGCUGAACAGUUGGUAUUAAGCGUAUCUGAAAAAAGCAAGUAAAUAUUUUAACAAAACUAUGACUCAGGAACCUUCGAGAAGAUUAGUUCCCCACUUAGGUUUUUAAGGAGUAAAAAGGGCUGAGUUUUAAGUGCUGUCAAAAAUUCACUUGGGUUUGGGACAUUUGCUGGUGUAAUGCUAGAUGCCCACAGCAGCGUAAUAUUGUACUUUGUCAAAGGUAGGUAAAUUCUCCGUUUCUCAGCAGCCCUUUCCCCAAAAGGUAUGGUGUUUAUUUUUAGUUAAAAUAGCUAAUGUCUUUUUACCAUCUCACAUGAUAACUCUUUGGAGUCAUGUCAAGUGCCCCAAAUUUGUCUGUGAUUUUCCCAUCUCUGAGCUCUUUAUCUGCCUCCAUUUCCUUGUUUUUCUGGGGCCAGAGUCUCAUCUCUGCCUUUUUUUUGGUGUAUCACCUUCUGACUUGCCUUCAUUGCUUAUCUGAUGUGACCAACAGUGUGAUCUUGGACAGUCUAAGGAUUUUAGAUGCAAAGAAACUUUAUACGACAUUAUGAAAGACUGUCGUUUCAUUUUGGUUAUUUCAGCAUUUUAGUUGCAACCUGGGAUUGGAUUAGAGUUUCCAGUGUGAUGAAAAGUGGAAUGAUAGCAUUCUAUAAUUUCUAUAAUUUUCCUACUGGUCUGUACCAAAUUCUAGAGUCUCUGGAGUUGCUAUUUCAGAUUAUUUGGUCAAAUGAAAAAGGAUUUAUUGCUGUCUGUUUAACAUGUAUUUGUUUGGUUGAAAGGAUCUUUUUAGAAACUGUAGGAAAAUAAACAGAACCAAUCAGGUGAAAUAAAGCACAGACAUUGGAUUAGGAUGUAGUGAGUUGUGAACAAUCAGGAUUCAGGGUGUGAUGGGGGGCCCUGUCUCAUAGGUGAUCCUUUGGUGUCAUGUGACCGAGGGACAUGGUGUCUAAGGCCCAUGGUCUGGAGACAUGGGUGCUGCUUCUUGCUGACUGUGGACCUUGGGCAAGUCCUUCAUCCUUCCUGUGCCUCACUGUCCUCAUCUGAACAAUGGUAUGAUGACACCUGCCCUCUCUUUCCAGUCAUGCUUUGAGGAUACAGUGAGAUUGGUUACAGUGAACCUUCAAUGAGUAGAAUGUGGUAUGUCGUGGUGGGUCGUAGUAGACGGUGCUCCCUGCCUUUUCUCCUCUGUUUUCCUCAAUUUGGGAACAAAUGAGAUUGGCAGAAGGAGGGAGCUCAUGGUGCAGUACUUUUCUACUAAAGUGUGCCCACAGGUGUCACCUCCUAAUGUUGACUUGGAUUUCCUAAAGCAGUCCCACUCUGUUAUGAGAGUCACUGACUCCCCUAGACAUCCCCACACUAAGCAGCCUUACAAAAUCCAGUCCCCUUAGGGUAGAGUGAGUGUCAUAGAAUAAUGACUCCAAACCCGCAUCAAAAAUGGCUUGUUGUCAGCGAUGUUAUAAAGCAAAGACUUGUUUUUUGGAAUUGGGGGUGACUGGGUGGUUUGGAUUGAAAUGUGGACAAAGAUAGCAUGUGUAUUUUGAAUAAAAUAAAAAUUUUGUAAUAAAACUUUGAAAAAUCA